CGAGGAUCAAUAUUGAAGAAAUUUUUACUUCUUUUUUUUUGUGUGCCUGUUACAACUACAUAUACACAGGACGGGGGUUAGGGAGAAGGUUAUCGGAAGGAGACAAGCCUGCUCCGUGGAUCCAAAUGCGACACAAUCGUGCCAAAGUCCCUUCCCCGGGACGACGUCCGCGCUGCCUCAUGGCAACCGCGGUCAAGAUUCGUCGUCCCUCAUCCAACUUUCGAAAGAAUUAUGCAGACGUUUCGCUGCUAUCGAGAAGAGAAUGGCCCGCCUCAUCGUACCAGACCGAGGUCAGACUUCCAUUGUCCCCUCCGCCCUCUUUCAAAAUGUAUCGCGUCCCUAUUCCUCCCAUCUGUGGGUAUCCUUUUCCAUCGCGGGACAUCUUUUUUUUUUCGUGCAUUCUCGGUCUCCCCUGGUUCCCAUCUCGAGGCCGGCCAAGCUCAUCUCCUGUACUCUAUUCCGUAAGAUUCCUCCGAGGUGACCGCCGUUUAUUCUUCGCCCGGGCUCUCUUAAGUAAGCACCCCCCGCGCCAGGAGGGGAAGCCAUACAGGGCCAGUAACAUGCAAACAAUUGCCGAGGGAAAAAGGGGGUAUGAUCCGUGUUCCGUUUUUUUUUUGGGUGCCGAAAGACUUGCUGAGAAAUUUUGAUUCGCAAAAAAAAGCAGUCGCUAAAUGCCAAGACGUAGAUGAGAGAGAUAGGUCAUUCUGUGUGCCACCACGCGAGUGAUUUCAAACAAGUGCUAGAAUGUCGGGU